AUGUGGACUGGAAACGACACAACUGUGAUAGAGUUUACUCUUUUGGGGUUAUCUGACAAUACUACAGUUUGUGCUAUUUUAUUUCUUGUGUUUCUAGGAAUUUAUGUUGUCACCUUAAUGGGUAAUAUUAGCAUAAUUGUGUUGAUCGGAAGAAGUCCUCAUCUUCAUACACCCAUGUACCUUUUCCUCUGCCAUUUGGCCGUUGUAGACAUUGGGUACUCCUCAUCAGUCACACCUGUCAUGCUCACAAACUUUCUAAGGAAAGAAACCUCUCUCCCUGUUGCCGGCUGUGUGGUCCAGCUCUGUUCUGUGGUGACGUUUGGGACGGCUGAGUGCUUCCUGCUGGCUGCCAUGGCCUAUGAUCGCUAUGCGGCCAUCUGCUCGCCCUUGCUCUACUCCACCCGCAUGUCCCCCGGCGUCUGCAUCAUCUUAGUGGGCAUGUCCUACCUGGGUGGAUGUGUGAAUGCUUGGACAUUCAUUGGCUGCUUAUUAAGACUGUCCUUCUGUGGGCCAAAUAAACUCAAUCACUUUUUCUGUGACUAUUCACCACUUUUGAAGCUUUCUUGUUCCCAUGAUUUUACUUUUGAAAUAAUUCCAGCCAUCUCUUCAGGAUCUAUCAUUGUGGCUACUGUGUGGGUCAUAGCCAUCUCCUACAUCUACGUCCUCAUCACCAUCCUGAAGAUGCACUCUGCUGAGGGGCGCCACAAGACCUUCUCCACCUGCAGCUCCCACCUCACUGCGGUCACUCUGUUCUAUGGGACCAUUACCUUCAUUUAUGUGAUGCCCAAGUCCAGCUACUCAACUGACCAGAACAAACUGGUAUCUGUGUUCUACACGGUGGUGAUUCCCAUGUUGAAUCCCCUGAUCUACAGCCUCAGGAACAAGGAGAUUAAGGGAGCUCUGAAGAGAGAGCUUAGAAGAAAAAUAUUUUCUUGAUGAAACUAGUUAUUUUGAAGAAUUCGAUGUAUUAAUAUUCCAUAUAUAAUAAUAAUAAGAUAAUGAGUAUUUGUG